GGGAACAGCUAAAGUUAAAUUUUAUUUCAGAAAAAAUGCUGGUUCCGAUAUUUUUUGGAGUAUGCAUCUAUAUCCUUGCACAAUGGUUAAACAUAUUCAGGAAUAGGAAGAAAAAUAUGAUGGACAUACCCGGCCCUACCCCACUACCUUUAGUUGGAAAUGCUUUGAUGUUUUCUGGACCGUCCGAGGACUUCAUGCCUGUUAUAACGACCAUGAUGGCCAAGUAUGGACCUGCUGUCAGAUUUCAUCUUGGAACCCGGGUUAAUCUUGCGGUAUCCACACCUGAAGCCUUCGAGAAGAUUUUGUCCAGCAACAAACAGAUCACAAAGGGAGAAGAUUACAGAUUUCUCUCGGAUUGGUUGGCAAAAGGACUUCUUACCAGCACUGGGGCUAAAUGGCAUUCCAGACGCAAACUUCUAACUCCCGCAUUUCAUUUUAAAAUACUCGAAGAUUUCAUGGAGAUUAUGAACGAUCAUUCAAAGAUUUUCUGCGACAUUCUUAGUGCAAAGGCUGAUGGACCUGCUUUCAAUAUUUUUCCUUUGGUAACGCAUUGUGCUCUAGACAUUAUUUGCGAAACAGCCAUGGGGAAAAAUAUUAAUGCCCAAAAGGACAGUGACUCUGAAUAUGUCAAGGCUGUUUAUGAAAGCUCCGACUUGGUCUUUCAAAGACAGAAAGGUCCUUGGCUCUGGUCUGAUUUUGUGUACAAGCUCACGCCUGCCGGGGCUAAGUGGAGGAAAUGUAUCUCAAUCCUGCACUCCUUUACCAACCAAGUGAUUCAGGAGAGAAAACUAGAACUUCAGAAUGAUGAAGAAACCAGAACAGAUGAUCUAGGACGAAAAAAGAAAAUGGCCUUCCUUGAUCUACUUAUAAAAGAGUCUAAAGGAGGAACUGUCUUGUCGGACGAGGAUAUUAGGGAGGAAGUGGAUACAUUCAUGUUUGAAGGACAUGACACUACGGCUACAAACAUGACCUUCACCCUCUACAUGUUUGCUACACAUCCAGAAAUACAACAAAAAUGCCAGGAGGAGCUUGAUCAAAUAUUUGCUGGAUCUGAUAGGCCUGCUGAAUCUGCUGAUCUUGCAAAUAUGAAAUAUCUGGAGUCUUGUCUCAAGGAAUCACUCAGGCUUUAUCAGAGCGUUCCCAUCAUUUCCCGAAAAACUGGUGAAGAUGUUGAAAUUGAAGGCUACAAUGUUCCAGCCAAUACAAAUGUAAUCUUGCUCCCGUUUCAUCUUCACCGUAAUCCAAGUAUCUACCCAGAGCCUAACAAGUUUGAUCCUGAAAGAUUUUCUUCCGUCAAUCCACAGAAACGACAUCCCUAUGCAUAUGUACCAUUCUCAGCCGGACCUAGGAACUGCAUUGGACAAAAGUUUGCAACCAUGGAAGAAAAGAUAAUGAUUUCUUCAGUUCUAAGAAAUUUCAAUCUUAAGAGUGAUGUGAAAGUGGAAGAUAUUCCUCUGCUAGCUGAGGUUAUCCUCCGACCAAAGAAUGGAAUUUUCGUCACUCUCUCACCAAGAAACUAGGCCUACCCAACUCAUCAGAAGCAUAAUUUUUUCUUAUAACAUCACUAUUGUGAAGCAUGGGUUAAAAUAUUUACUUGUUAAACAAUGAAGAAAUAUUUUAGUAAUGUAAGGGGGGGUUUUCUACAACUGAAAUUGUAUCAACUUCAGAAAAAUAAAAAUAAACUAUUUUCGGCAAAAAAA